UUCCUCUCUCUCUAAACAUAUCUUAGAAUGGGAAUGGAAAUAGUGGUGGGCUGUAAUAUUGUACUAGUAUGUGUGUGUGUAUUAAUAGUGAAAUGGGUUAUGAAGAAUGUGAAUUGGUGGUUAUAUGAGAAGAAGCUGAGGAUGCACAUAAGGCAUCAACUGCCCCCUGGUGACUUGGGUUGGCCAUUCUUCGGCAACAUGUUCUCUUUCCUCAGAGCUUUCAAGUCUCCCAAUCCUGAAUCCUUCCUCGCCAACUUUGCUAGAAGGUUCGGGCACACGAGGCUAUACAAGGCGCACUUGUUCGGCAACCCCAGCAUAAUCGUGGCAAGCCCCGAAGCAUGCCGGAAAGUUCUGACGGACGACGAUGCGUUUCAGCCGGGGUGGCCAGCUUCCACUCUCAACCUCAUGGGGAGGAAAUCUUUUGUCAACGUAUUUGAUAACGACCACAAAUGGCAGCGCAAGUUGACCGCCGCCCCGGUCAACGGCUUCGAGGCGUUGACCAUGUACAUGAAAUACAUUGAAGAGAACGUGGUCGAAGCCCUUGACCGGUGGGCGGACAUGGGAAGGAUCGAGUUCUUGACCCACCUGCGGCGUCUCACUUUCAAGAUCAUAAUGCACAUCUUCCUUAGCUCGGAAGGUGAGAGCGUGAGGGAGGCGCUCGAGAAGACUUACACCCUGCUCAACUAUGGAGUCCGAUCCAUGGCCAUCAAUGUGCCCGGUUUCGCUUAUUACAACGCUCUUAAGGCGCGGAAGGAUCUUGUGGGUGUGCUGCAAAGGGUGGUGACUAGGCGAAGGGCGGAGAGGGAGGAGAAUCCGUUGUGUCCGAAGAAGGACAUGAUGGAUAAUCUUUUGGAAGCUGCAGAUGAGAAUGGGAGAAGAUUGGAUGAUGAAGAGAUCAUUGAUAUUUUGGUUAUGUAUUUGAAUGCUGGGCAUGAAUCUACAGGCCACAAUACUAUGUGGGCUGUUAUUUUCUUACAACAAAAUCCUCAUAUGUUUGAGAAAGCUAAGGCUGAGCAAGAGGAAACUCUGAGAAACAGACCAGCUGGGCAGAAAGGGUUGAGCCUAAAAGAAAUAAGGAAAAUGGACUAUCUUAAUAAGGUUAUUGAUGAAACGCUUCGCGUGGUCACCUUCUCGCUGGUGGUCUUUCGAGAGGCAAAGAAAGAUGUCAAUGUCUGUGGCUACACGAUUCCGAAAGGAUGGAAAGCACUGGUGUGGUUCAGGAGCGUUCACUACAACCCUGAAACAUGGCCAGAGCCGAAGAAGUUUGAUCCUUCGAGAUGGGAUAAUUUCACACCAAAAGCUGAGAAUUACAUUCCAUUUGGAAGUGGAAGCAGAUUGUGCCCCGGAAAUGAUCUAGCCAAGCUUGAAAUUGCCAUCUUCCUCCACUACUUUCUACUCAACUAUGAGUUGGAGCGUGAGAAUCCAGCUAGUCCAGUCAUGUACUUGCCUCAUACUAGGCCUAAAGAUAACUGCCUAGGAAGGAUAAGAAGGGUGUCUUCUCAGACUUGAAUUUCUACUUCUAAUCAUCAACUACAAUCAAUGUAGUUGGAGACCACACAAAUAAGUGGAAUCUUUUCAUUAAUAAUUCAGUCGAGUUUGUGGAACCAUGAAUUGGAGUAAUAGUAUAGUUCCACUCUGUUGUACGAGAGUAGAAUUGACCUCUUUAAUAUUUAGCUAUUCUUAUAAGAGUUUAAGCAAUGUGAUCAUUGCUCUUUUAACAA